AUGACUGUCGAACAAAUUAAAAGUUUUAUGAAACCAAUGGGUAAAAAAUGUCGUGAAAAAAUUGGACUUGAUCCAGAGCUACAGGCAGGACAACACAGAGGAGAGUUUCCAGAAGAUGAAAAAUUAAUGUGUUACCAUGCUUGUCUUUAUGAAGCAGUAAAAGUUACUGAUAAAAAUGGUGUAGCCAAUGCUGAUAUGGUAAUUAGACAAAUGGGAUUAACGCUUCCAGAAGGUAUUAAACAAAUAGCAAUAGCAGGAGUCAAAAAAUGUGAUGAGCAAUUGACUCCUCAAGAAGUUUGCAGAGUUAAUUAUAAUUACAUGAAAUGCUAUUAUACCGAAGCAAACGAAGCAUACUUCUUUCCAUGA